CCGCUAUGUUACCGGAAGUGACAAAAUAAAGUAAACAGAGGCGCUGUCACUGGAUCCAGAAAUUAAGAUAAUUACGACCAAAGGAAGCGAUUUUUAAAAUAUACUUUGCUUUAUAUGCAUACUAGGUGUAUGAGAAACUGGUGCAGGGUCAAAUAAAGGGUUCACAGGGACAGGAGUGAUACUGUCCCGCAAUGUUCACUGACAUGGACUAUGAGUUGGAGGAGGACAAACUUGGGAUACCAACCGUACCCGGUACUGUGUGUCUGAAGAAAGAUGGUAAUAACCUCAUUGGGAUCAGCAUUGGUGGCGGGGCACAGUACUGUCCUUGUCUCUACAUUGUCCAGGUCUUUGAUAACACCCCAGCAGCUCUGGAUGGGACACUGGCAGCAGGCGAUGAAAUCACAGGAGUGAAUGGCAAACCAGUGAAGGGAAAGACUAAAGUGGAGGUGGCCAAGAUGAUUCAAGCUGUCCAGGCAGAAGCAACAAUCCACUACAACAAACUGCAGGCAGACCCGAAACAGGGGAAGUCUCUGGAUAUAGUGCUGAAGAAAGUUAAACAUCGCCUGGUGGAGAAUAUGAGCUCAGGCACAGCAGAUGCUCUCGGACUCAGCAGAGCUAUUCUAUGCAACGAUGGACUGGUGAAGAGACUGGAAGAGCUGGAGAAAACAGCCGAGCUCUACAAAGGGCUGAUGGAGCACACAAAGAGACUGCUCCGAGCUUUCUUUGAGCUCUCUCAGACUCACAGAGCGUUUGGAGAUGUUUUUUCUGUCAUCGGGGUACGAGAGCCCCAGGCCGCAGCCAGCGAGGCCUUUGUGAAGUUUGCUGAUGCUCACCGUAACAUUGAGAAAUAUGGUAUUCAGCUGCUGAAGACCAUCAAACCUAUGCUCCAUGAUCUGAACACGUACCUCCACAAGGCCAUACCCGACACGAAGCUCACCAUCCGCAAGUACCUGGAUGUGAAGUUUGAAUAUCUGUCGUACUGCCUGAAGGUGAAGGAAAUGGAUGAUGAAGAAUACAGCAGUAUUGCCAUGGGAGAGCCCCUGUAUCGAGUCAGCACUGGUAACUAUGAGUACCGGCUGGUGCUGCGGUGUCGGCAGGAGGCUCGGGCCCGCUUCGCCAAAAUGAGGAAGGACGUUCUGGAGAAGAUAGAGCUGCUGGAUCAGAAACAUGUCCAGGACAUCGUGUUCCAACUGCAGCGCUUCGUCUCAGGCAUGUCGCACUACUAUGACGAGUGCUACGCCGUCCUGAAGGAGGCGGACGUCUUCCCCAUCGAAGUGGACUUGUCCCGCACCAUGAUCAACUACAGCAGCCAGCCAUUCUCCUACCCUGGAGAUGAGGAGGAGGAGGACGAGGAAGGAGGAGGCGGAGAGGAAGGGGGAAGCGGCGUUGGAAGACAAGCAGAGAACGGCGCUGAGAAACUGAUUGAUGACGAAUAAGACUGCGUGCGUGCGUGCGUGCGUGCGUGCGUGCGUGCGUGCGUGCGUGCGUGGAGAUGAAGGCCACCACUCUAACUUAACUGUUCUUCACUUUCAUUUAAAGUCAGUGCACAAAGGUGAAAAACUACUGAACCCUGCUGCUGUAUGUUGGUCUCUUGGUGGCUUUGUUGUUAUUUUACCAUAGUGAAUUUUGACUUCUUGCUUUUUGAUGUGACCGCUCUCCACAUGUGAGAGAAAGUAACAGAAGAACGUUAUUUUAAUCUGAAUGUUAUGGAGGGGUUUUAAUGAGGCAUAGUAGGAUUUAAAUGCAUAACGAGGUGUGCCUUCUUAGCCCUGGAUGAAGUGUAAUUUGUCUGGGAUGCAUUUCAAUUUGUGCAUUGUGGAUGACUUUACUUUGUUAUUUUCUUUGCUACAUAUUUUGGACAGGUAUUUAUUUAUUUAGCUACCUGAGCUGUUAUUUUGUGGUAAAUAUCAAGCGUCUACAUACUACUACAGAGACAUUUUCUCCUCAGCUUAACAAACAGAAAGCAAAUGACACUGUUGUAUAAAUAUACAAAAUGAAGGUGUUGAAGAUAAUGCGAGACAUAAUUCUGUUCCUACAUGAAGUGUUUGUUACGUGCAGCUGUUACACUCCUUUGUCCCCCUUUCUCUUCUUCCCUGCACAUGUUUUGUUGUCACACAGGGGAAAGCUUGCAUUUACCUCAGUGUCCAACUCUGAAAAGCUUCGCAACCAAACUUUUUUAAUAAGGUCAUUCAGUCUACUUAUUCACACUGCUCGCUCUAAGGUAAACUGUGUUAUUUUCUUCCAACACUCACCUGCAUUGCAGACUUUCCCCGUUUUUUUUAUUCCAGCAAAAUUUUAUCCCCUUGCUGUUUCUGUCUAGGAGGAGAAAGCUGAUGGACACACACAGCCUCACAGAGCUUUACCACUGUGUAGAAACGUUUUGUAAAAUGCAAACACUACAGAACGUAAACAUGUAUAAAGGGUACUUCCCUUUCCCUUUGUGUAACUUUCUUGUCAUUCCAGCUUUAUUUAUUCUUAUUUCAAGAUAUAUAAACGUUUUGAUUAUCAAUAGAAUGCAAGAUUGAUUCUAUAUUAUAAUGAAUAUAAUUAUC